AUGAUGAAGAAGAAAAAUAUCGACAUAGAGGAGCUUAAAAGGCUCAUUGAAGAAAGCAGCAUGAAAAAAAGAUUUGUAAAAGAUAUAAAAAGAAAUUGUGAAAUAAAAAGUAUAAGGUUUGGUAUUAUGAGUAAGGAAGAUAUAAUAAAAUAUUCAGAAGUGAAAAUAAUGAAUAGAGAAAUGUAUAAGAAUAAUAGUGGUAUACCAUAUCCUUAUGGUGUUUUAGAUUUAAAACUAGGUGCUCAUAAAAGUAACUCUGUAUGUGAAACAUGUAAUAAGAAAUUAAUAAAUUGUUCAGGACAUUUUGGUUAUAUAGAAUUGAAUUAUCCUGUAUUUCAUAUUGGUUAUUAUAAAUAUAUAAUACAUAUAUUAUAUUGUAUAUGUAAAUAUUGUUCAAGUUUAUUAUUAUCAAAGGAAAAAAUUGAUUUUUAUUGUAAUUUAAAAAAAAAAAGUACAGAUGAUUCAUUUUAUAAGAAACAUUUAUUUAAAAGGAUAUUAAAUAAUUGUAAAAAAGUAAAUAAAUGUUAUAUAUGUGGGAAUCCACAGGGUGUAAUUAAGAAAAUAAUAAAACCUAGUUUAGAUCAAUUUAUGAAAUUAAAACAUAUAUUAAAAGUAAAAGAAAAUGGGAAAAUGAUUAUAAAAGAAGAAGAUUUAAAUAGUUUAUAUGUUUUGAAGUUAUUUAAAAAUAUAAAUCCAUAUCAUGUUAAAUUAUUAAAUAUAGAAAACCCAGAAAAAUUAAUUAUAACAGCUUUAUUAGUACCACCUAAUACUAUAAGACCAUCUGUUAUAAUCGACGAACAUGGAACGGCUGAAGAUGAUUUAACUUGUAUUCUUUCUGAAAUAACACAAUUGAAUAAUACUAUAUAUAAUCAAUGUACGAACGGUUAUCAGACGAAUCAAUUUCUGGGUAAUGUCGAAUUUUUACAAUUACAAAUUACAAGAUUUAUUAAUAGUGAUUCUCCGGCUGUUUCACAAUUAUUAGCAACACAAAAUAUCUCUAAACCUGGGAGAGGUAUUUGUCAAAGGUUAAAAGGAAAAGAAGGAAGAUUUAGAUGUAACUUAUCAGGAAAAAGAGUUGACUUCUCAAGUAGAACGGUGAUAUCACCAGAUCCAAACAUAUCUAUAGAUGAAGUGGUGAUACCAAAAAUUAUUGCCAUGAGAUUAACAUAUCCUGAGACGGUGAAUAAAUAUAAUAUUGAUAAGUUAAAAAUGUUAAUAAAAAAUGGUUGUAAUAAAUGGCCUGGUGCAAAUUAUAUAAUAAAGAAGUCAAAAAAGGGAAUUGAUCCAUACUCAGAUAUUAGCACCAGUUAUAAUAAUAAUAGUAAUAAUAUUAGUAGUAUUGGUUGUAGUAAUAUAUUUAAUGUAGUUAAUAAUUAUAUUAAUAACAAUUGUAAGAACGUUAGAUAUAAUAUAAAAGAUGUAAAUAAUAAUGUAUUAUUAAAAGAUAUGUGCGACAUAAACAAUAUGAAUAAUGAUAUAAACAAUAAUAUUAACAAUAUAUAUAAGAAUACGUCUGAAACAAACUUAUGUAACGUGAACAACCACAAUAAUAAUAAUAAUAUAUAUUGUAAUAAUCAGACACAAGAUAAUGAAGAAGAACGGAAAAACAGCCAAUUUAAUAAAAUAAGUUUAAAAUAUGCAAAUAAAAAUCAUGUUAUACAAAAUUUAAAUAUUGGAGAUGUAGUAGAAAGACAUAUAUGUGAUGGAGAUAUUGUUUUAUUUAAUAGACAACCAUCUUUACAUCGUAUGUCUAUUAUGUGUCAUAAAGCAAAAAUAAUGGAUUUUAAAACAUUUCGUUUUAAUGAAUGUGUAUGUUCCCCAUAUAAUGCUGAUUUUGAUGGUGAUGAAAUGAAUUUACAUGUUCCACAAACAGAAGAAGCUCGUGCUGAAGCUUUAUAUUUAAUGAAUGUAAAACAUAAUUUAAUAACUCCAAAAAAUGGAGAAGUUAUAAUAGCUUUAACACAAGAUUUUUUAUCAGCAUCCUAUAUAAUUACAAAUAAAGAUACAUUUCUUGAUAGAGAUACUUUUUGUUUAUUAUGUUCCUAUUUUUCUGAUGCUUCAUUAUAUAUUGAAUUACCCAUUCCAGCUAUUUUGAAACCUAAAGAAUUAUGGACAGGAAAACAAUUAAUUAGUGUAUUAAUUAAACCUAAUAAAAAAGAAAAUACUAUUAUUAAUUUUGAAAUACAAGAAAGAGAAUAUUCCAAUAAAUUUGGAGAUUUGAAACAUUUAUGUUUAAAUGAUUCAUAUGUUUGUUUUUAUAAAUCUGAAUUAAUAUGUGGUUCUUUAGGGAAAAAAGUUUUAGGCUCUUCAAAAUAUGGUUUGUUUUAUUAUUUAAUACAUCAUAAUUCAAGUCAUAUAGCAUUAAAAAUUAUGAACAGAUUAUCUAAACUAACCAGUAGAUACUUUUCUAAUAAAGGUAUGACGAUAGGUAUUGAUGAUGUAAGACCAUCACAAACCUUAACAGAGAAAAAGAAAGAUUUAUUAUUAAAAGGUUAUGAAAAGGUAAAUAAUGAAAUUAUAUUAUAUAAUGAAAAGAAGAUGCAAAUACAACCAGGUUGUACCUUAGAAGAAACAUUAGAAAUAAAAGUUAAAAGUAUAUUAGAUGAUUUAAGAAAUGAUGCAGGAAAAACAUGUAAUCAAUAUUUACAUUAUUUAAAUAAACCAUUAAUUAUGUUUAAUUCGGGAGCAAAAGGAGCAUUAAUUAAUAUAGCACAAAUGAUUGCUUGUGUAGGACAACAAAAUGUUGCUGGUCAAAGAAUACAAAACGGUUUUAUAAAUAGAACAUUACCACAUUUCCAUUUUCAUUGUAAAGAUUCAGAAAGUAGAGGAUUUGUACAAAAUUCUUUUUAUACAGGAUUAAGUCCAACCGAAUUUUUUUUUCACACAAUGUCGGGAAGAGAAGGUCUUGUAGAUACAGCAGUAAAAACAGCCGAAACAGGUUACAUGCAAAGAAGACUUAUGAAAGCAUUAGAAGAUUUGUCAAUUCAUUAUGAUUAUUCUGUACGAUCAUGUGAUAAACAAAUCGUACAAUUUAUAUAUGGAGAUGAUGCAUUAAAUCCUUCGUAUAUUGAUAAUAAUAAUACAUAUCUUGAUCAAUUUGACAAGGUAUUUGAUCAUAUUGUAUCUAUAUCAUCUAGCCAUUUGUUAUUAUCUUAUAAAAAUAAAAUACCUUACUUGCCUCAUGUUCAGCAUCAAAAUAAAACAAGUAAUAUGAACAAUAUUUAUAAUAAUAUGAACAAUAUUAAUAAUAAUGAUAGUAAUAGGAGCAUUAUUUAUAAUAAUGAUAGUAAUAUGAACAAUAUUAAUAAUAAUGAUAGUAAUAUGAACAAUAUUAAUAAUAAUGAUAGUAAUAUGAACAGUAUUCAUAAUAAUAAUAGUAAUAUGAACAAUAUUCAUAAUAAUGAUAGUAAUAGGAGCAUUAUUCAUAAUAAUGAUAGUAAUAUGAACAGUAUUCAUAAUAAUGAUAGUAAUAUGAACAGUAUUCAUAAUAAUAAUAGUAAUAUGAACAAUAUUCAUAAUAAUGAUAGUAAUAGGAGCAUUAUUCAUAAUAAUGAUAGUAAUAUGAACAGUAUUCAUAAUAAUGAUAGUAAUAAUAACAAUAAUUAUAAAGAUUGUACGCAUAAUCCUUAUAUCUGUAACGAAUCAUUAAUUAUACGUAAUAUUAUGAACAGAUUGAUUUACCAAAACAUUGCACAAGAAGAUCUAUUCAUACCUUUAGAACAUGAUGAAUUUUUAGUUAACAAAAUUAUGGAAUCUUAUACGGAUCAGGAAUGUAAUUAUGAAGAUAUCAUCAGAUCUUUAGAUUUAAACAAAAAUGUUUCUUAUAUACAUAAUGACCAGGGAAAACAUUUAUCUUUGCAAAUGUGUGCAGAAGAACACAUAACUAUUAAUAAUACAAAUAAUGAUAAUACAUAUGUUGAACAAAUAGAAAUGAAGGAAUUAAGUAAAAAUAAAACAAAAGAAAAACAAUCAUUUAAAGGAACGAUAAGAGAUAUGCAUGAAGAUUCUGAAGAACAAAUGAACAAAUUUAUAACAAAAAAGGCAAAGUUUUUCAUAGAGAAGAAAAAAGGAAAAAUGCAUGAAUGUAACGAUGACAUCGAAUAUAAUAACACCCAAUAUGAUAACAUCCAAUAUAAUAAUAUUUCAUGUAAUUAUAUCAAAUCUCAAAAUUUAGAAAACACACAUCAUCAAGUUAAUAACGAUUUGUCUUUCAUAAAAAAUAACGUCAUUUUACCACCAAAAGAAUAUCAUUCCAUCUUUCAUUUUGUAAAUGAUUAUAGAAAUGUUGUGGAAAUAAAAAACUUGAUGGAUAAAAAAAAAAUUUUCCUGAACAAUUCAGAAAAAAAUGUGGUGCAAUCGAAAUAUAACAGGAUGAGUAAAAAUUUAAAAAAAAAAAUUGAGAUAAUUAAUAAUAUAUAUAGAAAUGAAAAGAAAAAAUUAAAUCGAUGGAAAACAAAAAUGGAUAAUGAUGAUAAUUAUUGGUCAUCUGAUGACGAUUCUAUUAUUGCCAAGAAAAUUAUAAAAAUAAAAAAUAAAGAAAAAAGAAAAUAUCACCCCAAAGAAGAAAAGGAAAAUUUUGAUAGAAAUAAUUAUAAAAUGAUAACUGAUAAUAAUAAUAAUGAUAAUAAUAAUAAUAAUAAUGAUAAUAAUAAUAAUGAUAAUAAUAAUAAUAAUAAUAAUAAUAGUAAUAAUAAUAAUUAUUAUUAUAAUCUUCAUGACGAUGUAAACAAUUUAGGAGUUACAAAUUAUAAUACAAAUAUAUAUCCCAAUGAUUGUAAUGGGAUAUAUGAAAAAGAAACAAAUAAUAAUGAACUUACAACAAAUAGUAAUAUGUGUGAUAAAAAUAAUGAUUUCUCUGAUGAAUUCUUUAAUAAUAUAAAUGAAAAUGAUUUAUUAUAUGAUAAUAAAUAUUAUAGACAAAUAUUUAAGAAUGUUAUUGGUUUUGUUAGUGUUUUUGAAUAUGUUGAAUCAUAUAAACAACAUUAUAUUUUAUUCCCAUAUGAAAUAAUAAAAUGGACUAGCUUUUUAUUAGAAUAUUUAACAGAAAUCAUUCCUACAAAUAUAUUCCUUCAUACCAAAUUAUCGAAAAAAGAAAAACCAACUCAUCAAAAAAAUACUGGGAAAAUGAAGAUAUAUAUAGAAGAAAUUAAAAAAUGGUUAUUUAUUAAAGCUAUAAAUAUAUAUAAAUAUUUUAGUUUUAAAAAAAGUAUUGAAUUAAUCAAAAAAAAAGAUUAUUUUAAUUAUAUUAUUAAAAAUUAUGAUAUAUCACAUAGAUAUAUUAUACAUGAUUAUUCUUUUAUUAAUUUAAAACAGUUAUAUCUUUUUAUCUUUUUUAAUAUAUAUAAAUAUUUUAAAUAUAUAUCUACCCCCGGUGAUGCCGUUGGAUCAAUAUCGGCUCAGUCGAUUGGUGAGCCCGGAACACAAAUGACGUUGAAGACUUUUCACUUUGCAGGUGUGGCUAGCAUGAAUGUUACCUUAGGUGUUCCUAGAAUAAAAGAAAUAAUCAACGCAUCUAACAGUAUUCAAACACCAAUAUUAAACAUCCCUUUAGAAGUGAACGAUAAUUAUAAUUUUGCCCUAAUGAUGAAAUCAAAAUUAGAAAAGACGACAAUACGUGAUAUUUGUAUGUAUAUAAAAGAAGAUUAUACUAGUCGAGGUGUAUUUCUAUCCGUUAAGUUUAACGAAGAAUUAAUACAGAAGCUUUUUCUAAAUAUCAAUGCAUACAAUAUCAAAGAUAUUAUAUUAAAACAAAGUCAUAUUAAUAAAAUAAAAAUUAAUAAAAUACAUAUUAAUGUAAUAAAUAAAUAUAAAUUACAUAUUUCUUUAAAAAAUGAUGAAUUUAUAUUUUUUCAAAUGGAAUCCUUAAAAAAGGGUUUACUAGAUCUCUUGAUUUAUGGAGAUAAAGAUAUUAAAAGGUGUAUCAUAAAAAAAGAAGAUAUUGAAGUAACAGAUAAUGAAGAUGAAAUAUGUGAUGACAUGGAUGAAUAUUAUAAUGUUUCUCAAGGGACAGAGUUAUAUGAAAGAAAAUGUAAUAGUAAAGAAGAAAAUAAAAAUGCUAUUCGUGUUAAGAAAGAAGAAAUUGAUGAUAAUCUCGAGAAGGAAGAGAAUAUUAUUUAUGUGUCAGAAAAGGAUAGCGUUAAUCAAUUGAAAAGUGAAAAAAAGAAGGAUAUUAAUGAUGAUAAUAAUAAUAAUGAUGAUAAUAAUAAUAAUGAUGAUAAUAAUAAUAAUAAUGAUGAUGAUAAUAAAAUUAAUGAUACUAUUUUUAAUGAUGACAUUAACAGUGAUCGAAACAACCUUAAAGAAAAUGGUAGCAAAUUAGAAAAUGUCGGAGAACAUAUUAUAGAAAGAUUAAGCUACAAAAUGAAAGAAAAAAAUGUUAAAAAAGAGCAUAUAAAAAAAGAACCGAACCUUAUAAAUUUAGACACUAUAAAUUUAGAUACAUUAAACUUUGACGAAAUAAAUGUACAUAAUAUAAAUAAUGAGAAAAUUGAAUUUUAUGAUGAACAUUUAAAUAUAUGUCAGGGAAACAAAAAACAUAUUCAAAAAAAAAAAAAAAAAAAAACUGUAUACUCAAUAUUAGUAGAAGGAAAUUCGUUGAAUUAUGUUCUUGGUUUAGAAGGUGUUGAUUUUAAGCAUAUCAUUUCUAAUCAUGUCAUAAACGUUUUUCAAGUUUUGGGUAUAGAAGCAGCCAGAAUAACAAUAAUAAAUGAAAUUAAAAAAUGUGUAGAAGCUUAUAGUAUUGAUAUAGACAUUAGACAUAUUAUGCUCCUAGCCGACAUUAUGGCCUUUACUGGAGAUAUUUUAGGUAUAAACAGGUUCGGAAUACAAAAGGCUCGACAGAGUACCUUAAUGUUAGCAUCUUUUGAAGAAACCAAUGAGCAUUUAUUUGUUUCAUCAUUUUUUAAAAAUGUGGAUGAAAUAAAUAAUAUAAGUGAGAGUAUCAUAGUAGGAAAAAACAUACCUAUUGGAACAGGAGCCUUUCAACUUCUUUAUGAUUAUAAAUUUGAGAAGGAAACAAAAAAUUUAACACUCCUCGAAAAGGCAGAAAGAGAAACAGCAAUGAAUUAUUAA